AUGAAAGACCGGCUAACCGAGCUGCAUGAAUUAGCCAGAUUACACAACCAACAGUUUAUUGAAAGUGAGGAUGAUGAAAAUCCACCCCACGAUGUUCUGUUUUAUGAGACUGAUUAUGCCUUGGAAGUUCUUCAUAAUGACAUACAGAACAUCCGUACAGAAAAUCACUACCUAAAAGAGGAUGUCAAGCGGCUCAGAAAGCAAAACAACCGCUUCCUUACUUCCAUGCGCCGUAUUAGUAGCAUCAAACGAGAUACUAAUUGUAUUGCGAGAGACAUCAAGGCCCGCGGGGAAAGUAUCCACAGGAAACUCCAGAUAAUGAGAGAUUUCUGCGAAGAUGCAGUAACAAAAUAUGGGCCCAUGUCUGUUAUUGCCAGGGUAGCGAAGAACCACUACGUUGACCUCAUGCACUCAUUUCAGAAAGCCAUGUUUGAAUACAAUGCAGCAGAGAUGAACCAACGAGAGAACUGCAAGAUUCGAAUUCAGCGGCAGCUAGAGAUCAUGGGCAAAGAUGUUUCUGGCAACCAGAUUGAGGAGAUGAUUGAGCAAGGCAAGUGGGAUGUCUUCUCUGAGAAUCUCUUGUCAGAAGUUAAGGGAGCUCGUUCAGCCUUGAAUGAGAUAGAAACACGUCAUAAAGAGCUUGUGAAGUUAGAAGGUCGCAUCAAGGAAGUUCAUGAGCUGUUUCUGCAGGUGGCCCUACUAGUGGAGGAACAGGCAGACACCUUCGAUGUCAUUGAGAUAAAUAUGCAAAAUGUUGAGGACUAUGUAGGAGAAGCUAAAGAGCAAGUGAAAAAAGCUUUGGAAUACAGAAGAAAACACCCCCUCAGAACAAUCCUCUGCUGCUGCUUAUCCUGUUGCAGAAGACGACUGUCCCACUGA